AUGUGGGAUCGUACCAAGGCCUUUGCUAAAAAGGUCGUGCGAUAUGACGACACGGAGGCGAAUCGGUUAGGUGUACCGAUGGUCGGUGUCAACGACUUUAUUGAAGAGCACUGGACCCAUCCGGGCCGGGCUACGCUAGACUACCUUGAUUCUCUUUUCCCUAUGCGCCGAUGGAUUAUGUCCUACAACCUUGGCUGGUUCUCGGGUGAUCUGAUCGCAGGUAUCACCGUAGGACUUGUCCUUGUUCCGCAGUCCAUGUCGUACGCAGGCGUGGCUGGACUGGCGCCCGAAUUCGGAUUGUAUUCUUCCUUUGUGGGUGUGGUGAUUUAUGCACUCUUUGCUACCUCUAAGGAUGUCACCAUUGGCCCUGUGGCUGUCAUGUCCUUGCAAACCAAAGCCGUGAUUGAAAAAAUCAAUGCCGCUGUGGCUCCGCAUCAAUAUCCGCCCGAGCUCAUUGCAUCUGCUCUGGCUUUCAUGUGUGGUAUUGUUACACUGGGUGUGGGUUUGAUCCGCAUUGGCUGGUUGGUCGAGUUCAUUCCUGCGCCUGCCGUGAGUGGUUUCAUGACAGGAUCCGCGCUGACGAUUUUGGUAGGCCAACUUCCGAAAUUGUUUGGUGAGCGCAACGUCAAUACCAACGAGGCCAUGUACAAGGUGGCCAUUAGCUUCUUCAAGAACCUGCCCAAGACACAAUUGGAUGUGGCGUUUGGCCUGACAGCCCUCGCCUUUUUGUACGUUGUCCGAUGGGGCUGCAACCAGCUAGGAGCACGCUACCCAAAAUGGGCACGCAUCGCCUUUUUCGUAUCGGUGAUGCGCAGUGCGAUUGUCAUCGUUAUCAUGCUCGUUGUGAGCCGAAUUUGGCUGGGCUCGUACGAUCCUAAGAAAUAUCCGAUCAGUCUCAUCAAGCAUGUGCCACGUGGUUUCCAGCAUAUGGGCCAGCCUCAGCUGCCGACCAAGGUACUUACGCACAUCGGCCCCAAUCUGCCUGCGUCGGUGAUUCUGCUGCUGCUGGAGCAUAUUGCGAUUGCCAAGUCGUUUGGACGUCUGAACAACUACAAAAUCAACCCGAACCAGGAGCUCAUUGCGAUCGGUGUGACCAACUUGGUUGGCCCCUGCUUCGGUGGUUACGCGGCUACAGGUUCGUUCUCGCGCUCGGCCAUCAAGUCCAAGUCCGGCGUGCGAUCGCCUUUGGCUGGCUGGAUCACAGCCAUUGUGGUGCUGAUUGCUAUUUACGCGCUCUCCGGUGUCUUCUACUGGAUUCCGAAUGCGGCUCUGGCAGCUGUGAUUAUCCAUGCGGUGGGUGACCUGAUUGCGCCGCCGGCGCUGCUGUACAAGUUCUGGCUUAUGAGUCCCUUGGAGCUGUUUAUUUGGGUCGCUGCUGUGGUGGUGACGAUUUUUACCUCUGUGGACUACGGUGUCUACACGGCUGUGGCCGCAUCUGUCGUACUGCUACUCAUUCGCAUUGCGCGACCACGUGGUCACUGGCUGGGUGUCGUACGAGUCGAGCACCACGAUCACACGAUUGCUGGUGGUGCGCAACAACGCAAUGUCUUUGUGCCCAUGGACGUCAAGGAUGGUCUGCGUGAUCCCUCAGUGCACAUUGAGCCGCCGCCGCCUGGCGUGUUUGUGUACCGUGUGGAAGAAUCGUUUACGUACCCCAAUGCAUCGCAUAUGGCGGAGUUGAUUGGCGAUAAGAUCAAGGCGCAAACACGGCCUGGCAAGGCGCGAUCGACGAAGCGAGGUGAUCGGCCAUGGAACGAUCCUGGCCCCCCCAGCGCCACGCUCCUCCGCGUAUGGCGUGGCGUGUCGCUGUACUACUUGCGUCACCGUGGCGCACCUUCUGUGGAAGAAGACUUGGAGCAGUCGGCCUUGGCCGAAGCACAUGACUCGCGGCCCUUGCUUCAUGCGUUGAUUCUUGACUUUGGGUCAGUGAGCAAUGUGGAUUCGACGUCGGUCCAGGUGCUUGUCGACUUACGCAAUGCGUUGGAACGGUAUGCUGGCAAGCCGGUGCAAUUCCAUUUUGCGCAUAUCCUCAGUCCGUGGAUCCGUCGUGGCUUACUGGCCGGCGGCUUUGGUACUGGCCGUAUUCACCGCCACGUGACGGAAAUUGCGUCGGUGGUGCAGCAAGGCGAUGCUCGCGAUGUCGCGGAGCGCGCGCGUGAAGCUGAAGAGCGACGAGAAGCUCAGGGGGACGAUCACAUGCACUAUGGCGUUGGUGAAAAGAGCGGUGCUAGCGGGAGCCCCUUUGACGACCUGGAAUCGCAGAUACCUGCGCGUGAAACACCGGCCAUGGGCCCGGAAAUGGAUCGGAUGGACUUUGAGAUCCGGCAUUUGGAUGCCAUGUAUGCCCAGGAUUCGAAACGGCAUAGUAGCAGCACGGAUCAAAGCAUUGUCGUGCCUAUUAUGUGGAACAAUGAGAUGACACCUUUCUUCCAUCUCGACCUGGCCGCGGCUUUGUCCGCGGCGACAGAGAGCAAGGCAGGGGCCGACGCUGGUCAUGGGGAUGUGAAGCACCAUUCCGUGGAGACUGUGGAGCACAGCGACAAAGCGUCGACAUAA